GGGGAUGAAACAACCCCUACCCGCGAGCUCGAGUAUAACCAAACUUCGCCCUUCCCUUUUUCCGACAUGGAUGCUGCCGUUGUCUCUUCCGACGAUCUCGUCGAAGCCGGGAGAUCGAGAUAUUGCCAGAGGCAAUCUUAUUGCCGCGGAUAAGUUUAACAAUCGAGGUCGAUUUAAUCGCGAUCUAGAUUCGAUAGAUAAACGAGCCAUUUUGCAGUUUUUGCAGUGGAGUGGGAUGUUUUGAAAAAUCUGCGGAUUUGUGCUGAAAUUAAUAGAAAGUGGAUCGGAUAAGAUUUUAUCCGCAAUUAUUUAAUAUCAGGUGAGUGAGAGAAGAAUGAUGUUGCUUCAAAUCGGAUGAGAUGAUUUCGAAAGUCUUCCUAUUCUAGAAACUUGUGUCACGUGCUAUGGAAAGCGAAAUUACAUCCCGAAUAGGUGUAUUCUGUGAAGGGGAUCUCCAACGGCGUAGGAACAUUCUCGUAUCGCAGUCGAGGCACAUGAAGAGCUUCAAUUGCGAUUUUGCGAGCGAGGAUAGAGCGGUAUCUAUGGCGAACGGCGGCCACGGCAUCGCCGUCAACGGGGUAAGCACCCCUGGUUCGGGCACUUUAUCGCGGGAGGAGAGACGCAGGCGAAGAAGAGCCACCCAGAAAUAUCGAACCGCACAUGCCACACGAGUGGAAGCUUUCAAUUCGGCCUUCGCGGAAUUGCGAAAGUUGCUGCCGACAUUGCCACCGGACAAGAAGCUUUCAAAAAUCGAGAUCCUUCGACUGGCAAUUUGCUAUAUCGCUUACCUAAAUCAUGUCCUCCAAGCUUGAAUUUGUGCGUAUCUCGAUGAACGAAAGUGAAGAACAUCAGAAAGUCACGAUGAUUCCUCCAUUAACUUAUUCCAAUUGUGGAUGAACCGAACAAUCAUUUCUCUAAAAUUAAAAAAAAAGAAAAUUAAAAUUAAAAAGAAUAUUUGCUUAAUCAUAUUAUAAAAGCAGAAAAAUUUUAGCACACGAUU